AACGUCGAAAGUAGAACAAGAGAAUCCAGCUCAUGUAUAUAUGAGAACUACAGCUCCUAAUAGUUUCUCUAAGAACAUUGAUCUAAAUGCGUGUCGUAAUAGUUUAUCGUAGGUGAAUAAACUGAAUAUCAUAGCAGUUGCAUCUUAGUACUAUUAGAAAUAAAAAUCGAUACGGUUUCCAGCGAGUUUCACCACUGUGAUUUAGUGCAAGCAAGUUAACAUUAUAUACGAAAUAAAAACAUGGGGAACUUUUUCUCACACCCAACUGGAGCAGAAGUCCUGAAAAAGAACCAGGAGUAUAUUUCAGAAAUGAACAAAAUAAAAAUGGAACGCUGGAUCCAAAUGCACUAUCAGAUCAAAGAACGAGAAGCAGCAAUGCAGAUAUCCAGAGCAAGAGAACUAUUCUAUUGGCUGGGAUCAUUUUACUGUGUUGCAACAGUUGGUUUGAUCGGACGGUACAACUCUACUAAAAGGGUCGCCGUUUUAGCACCGGUCGUACCACUCACAUUCCUGGUGGCAUAUUAUGCGGACCUAGCGUACGGAACUAAAGUACAUCGGAUAAUAGCCGAAGCUGAAAUGAUAAUGCAACACGAGCCCGAAUUGCUCGAAUGGCCCAGUGGGCUGCCUACGGUAUCGGAAAUUGAUUCUGCUCGGAUGGAGAAUGAUGAUAAGAUUCGCUUGCAUCCACAUCAGCUAUAAGCAUGCAGCUAACACAAUGACACCCAACACUACAGUAAGUAGUGACUGCUCAUGUAUGUAAACCAAUCACAUAAUCACAAAUUGUAGGACAUCUUUGUCGCACAACAGUGUUACACGAAACUGCACGCAAAACUUACAAUAGAAACAAUGUUUUUACUGCUCGGUUCACGAGACCGCAAGUUUUCUCAACAAUACAUUCCUAUUAAUCAUGCCGCCUAUCACAUAAAGUAAUGUCCAUCAAUAACUCUUUAAAUUAAAAUUUCAUGUUAUCAGAUUUUCGCUUCGAACAAAUAAUACUUGAUAAUAUCAAUCGCAACAGAAAAUAAAUCUGUAACCUCUAAUUUAUUUUUCUACAAUCUCGUACGAAUACACAGCUGUUGUUAUGUGUAAUUCCAGAAAGGCCAUAAAAGUUAUACCACAAUACAAUAACCUUUGUGCUUUAUACUUCUCUGAGUCCGUUGAAGGUAUUUGAUAGAUAAACAAAUUGUUAGUCAAAUAAAAUUAAACCCUCGCCCAUAUUUGUAUCUGUGAAACAGGUUUUAACGUAUUAAUCAAGUAUCAAUGUAAACUGAACUGAAGAGGAUUAGGGAAAAUUUAUAAAGCAACUUGAAUAGUUUGUUGUUAGUUUCAUGACAGGUAUCUAGUACAUACAAGUAAUAUUGAAACAAA